AAAAAGGUAAUGCUAAAUAUGUUUUUAGACACGAUGAUGGCCGAUCCUCCUCCCCAGUGCCUUGUCUGGCUACCUCUCAUGCACAGGCUUGCCCAUGUUGAGAAUGUCUUCCAUCCCGUGGAGUGCUCCUAUUGCCGGUGUGAGAGUAUGAUGGGCUUCCGGUACCGAUGCCAGCAGUGCCACAACUAUCAGCUCUGCCAGAAUUGCUUUUGGCGUGGCCAUGCCAGUGGCCCUCACAGCAACCAACACCAGAUGAAGGAGCAUUCCUCUUGGAAAUCCCCUGCAAAGAAGCUGAGCCAUGCAAUUAGUAAAUCUUUGGGGUGUGUACCCACCAGAGAACCCCCACAUCCUGUUUUUCCUGAGCAACCAGAGAAACCACUUGACCUUGCCCAUAUAGU